GAGGCCGCGGCGCGAGUGAGACGCGCGUAUACAGCGAGCAGAAACUGUAUCCAUACAGCCAUCAGCCAAUCCAAUCCGGAGCGCGUUCGUUCCCACAGUGUAUAGUGUAGUUGUACGCCGCGCAGUGCUGCAGAGAGCCAUAGUACAGAUUACAGUAUAGUCGUGUUGCUCGCGUGAAUCAGCCAUAGCGAGUGCCGAGUGGCGUCGUCGCCCCGUCAGAAGAGACAACCCGGAGAGGCGAGGAGAGGCUCUGCUCUUCUGCAGCUGCUGCUGGAGUGAAUAUUCCGGAUCCACACCUCCGCCGAGCCAGUCCAGUAGCCGUGGUAGCUGCUGCCGCUGCCUUCGAAAACGGUGUGGAUUGAUCCAAACGCCGUAGCCAUGAGUUAUCAAAUGUCUUCGAAUCAAAAUAGGCCGAUGUCUCACGGCAACUAUCAGCAGGGUCCGCAGGACCUGCCGAUGUGCUCCAUCAAGGAGCAGACGCUCAUGUGGCAGCAGAAUAGCUACAUGGGUGACUCCGGUAUCCACUCGGGUGCCGCCACCCAGGCCCCGUCGCUCUCCGGUAAGGAGGACGAGGAGAUCGAGGGUGACCAGCUUAUGUUUGACCUCGACCAGGGCUUUGCUCAAGGCUUCACUCAGGAUCAAGUUGACGAGAUGAACCAGCAACUGAGCCAUACGCGUUCCCAACGUGUGCGCGCGGCGAUGUUCCCGGAGACCUUGGAGGAGGGCAUCGAGAUCCCAUCAACGCAAUUCGACCCGGCUCAGCCGACUGCCGUGCAACGGCUCAGUGAGCCCAGCCAAAUGCUCAAGCAUGCCGUCGUUAAUCUGAUCAACUACCAGGACGACGCUGAUCUGGCCACUCGUGCCAUUCCCGAGCUCAUCAAGUUGCUCAAUGAUGAGGAUCAGGUGGUUGUAUCCCAGGCUGCGAUGGUCGUGCACCAGCUCUCGAAGAAGGAGGCCUCGCGUCAUGCUAUUAUGAACAGCUCCCAGAUGGUCGAGGCUUUGGUCAGGGCCAUUUCUAACAGUGAGGAUCUCGAGUCCACAAAGGCUGCCGUCGGUACCCUGCACAAUUUAUCACACCAUAGACAAGGUCUCUUGGCAAUCUUCAAGAGCGGCGGAAUUCCUGCUCUUGUUAAACUGCUAAGCUCCAACAUCGAGUCGGUCCUCUUCUAUGCCAUCACCACUCUGCACAACUUGCUCCUCCACCAGGACGGUUCAAAGAUGGCGGUCCGAUUGGCCGGUGGUCUGCAGCGCAUGGUUAUCCUGUUGCAGCGAAACAACGUCAAAUUUUUGGCGAUUGUAACCGACUGUCUGCAGAUCCUCGCUUAUGGUAAUCAGGAGAGCAAACUGAUUAUCCUGGCCUCUCAGGGUCCAGUAGAGUUGGUCCGUAUCAUGAGAUCGUACGACUACGAAAAGCUGCUCUGGACUACAUCUCGAGUGCUAAAAGUACUGUCGGUGUGCUCGAGCAACAAACCAGCGAUUGUCGAGGCCGGCGGCAUGCAGGCUUUGGCCAUGCAUCUAGGUAACGCAAGCCAAAGGCUUGUGCAGAACUGCUUGUGGACGUUGAGAAAUUUGUCCGAUGCUGGCACUAAGGUCGACGGACUCGAGGGUCUACUUCAAAGCCUCGUGCAGGUUCUAGCCUCAACUGACGUCAAUGUCGUCACCUGCGCCGCUGGAAUUCUGUCCAACUUGACCUGCAACAAUCAGCGUAACAAGGUCACCGUUUGCCAGGUCGGCGGAGUAGAUGCCCUUGUGCGCACGAUUGUGAACGCUGGAGAUCGCGAGGAGAUCACCGAGCCGGCAGUUUGUGCCCUGCGUCACUUGACAUCGCGUCAUGUCGAGGCCGAGAUGGCCCAGAACUCUGUACGUCUAAACUAUGGUAUCCAGGUUAUCGUAAAGCUUUUACAGCCGCCGUCUCGCUGGCCUCUUGUUAAGGCUGUCAUCGGUCUUAUCAGAAAUCUGGCCCUGUGCCCGGCUAAUCAUGGCCCACUCCGCGAGCACGGAGCUAUUCAUCAUCUUGUGCGGCUUCUUGUGAGGGCCUUCCAGGACACUCAGAGGCAACGGUCCUCGGUUACAAACGCAGGAAGUCAAGGAGCUCCAGGAGCUUACGCGGAUGGUGUGCGUAUGGAAGAGAUUGUCGAAGGCACUGUUGGAGCACUUCAUAUUCUUGCCAGAGAAUCGCACAAUAGAGCCUUGAUACGACAACAGAAUGUCAUUCCCAUCUCUGUACAGCUGUUGUUCAACGAGAUUGAGAACAUCCAGCGUGUGGCAGCAGGCGUACUGUGUGAAUUGGCAGCCGACAAGGAGGGCGCUGAGAUGAUCGAGCAAGAGGGUGCAACAGCACCACUCACUGAGCUUCUGCACUCACGCAACGAGGGUGUGGCUACAUAUGCCGCAGCGGUCCUCUUCCGCAUGAGCGACGACAAGCCGCAGGAUUACAAGAAACGCCUGUCAGUCGAGCUUACGAAUUCGCUACUACGCGAGGACACCAACCUGUGGAGCAGUGCAGAUUUCAACAUUGGUCCGGAUCUACAGGACAUGCUCGGCCCGGAUCAGGCUUAUGACGGUAUGUAUGGACAAGGACCUCCUAGUAUACACAGCAGCCACGGAGGCCGUAUUUAUCAACCACAAGGUUAUGACCAGAUACCAGUAGAUUCCAUGCAAGGACUGGAAAUAGGCGGCGGCUCGACUUACGGCGCCAUGGACACGAUGGACGUGGCGCACGAGGGCGACCUCAGUUUUGAUCAUCUGGAGGAACUGCCUGCACCGCCUCAGGACAGCUCGGUCGCGGCGGCCUGGUACGACACGGACCUUUAGACAAUGUCCUUUCGUCAAAGCAAAACAGAGUAAUUAUACAGGGAAUGGUUUGUUUCGUGUGUAAGUAAAUGCGGUGCGUUUUCGAACGCAACGAAUUUUUUUACAUCUCGCGAGAGCUACUAUCGCUACAGUAAGCAGGAAGCAUCGCGAGCGAACAAUGUUCGCCGGGAGUAUCCUCGCGCUCGGCGGUGUUUGCGUUCGCGGGAGAAACAAACGCAAAAUACUUUAAAGCUGACACUUUUUGUUGUUUUAUACUUUUACAAAGAGCGAUUCAUUAGUAUUUGCAAAAAUGAUCUAAUUCGACUGUGUCAGAUGAAUAAAUCGUAAAAGAAAAGGAAAGUAAUUAAGACAAAAGUAUUUUAUUAGAUGUAAUUAUCGCGCUACAAUAUUGUACAAGUUGCGCUUUUACGAUUUCUUUCGUAUGAUUGUAAUGUAUAGAUAACUUAUAGACUUUAUUAAAUGCAUGGUUUGAGUCAUUUUUGUGGAAAGUUCAAUAAACUUCUCGAACGACAUAUUAUAAGUAACAAAAAGGUCUCAUUAAAGUAUUUAGAAUCGUUCAUCUGGACUCGCAACAAAAAUUUAAACCAUCGAAAUCCAAAUCUGAAGAGCAUGUAACUCGUUUUCUUUCAUCGAUGUUAUAUAAUCUCAGUGUAUAAAAAAUAUUAUAUUGAAUUUAAGGCAUUUAACUUGCGCGUCAAUCGCAAGAUCUCGUGAUAAGUAUGCAAUUUUAAAGUUAUUUUUUAUUAUUCUUUUUAUAUAGUUGGUGACUUAUUUUAAAUUUUUGUUUGUAAUAAGAAAAUAUAGGGACUUCAUCUGUAACGUAUACAGAAUUAAAGCAAAAUAUAUAAGAACAUUUGCAUAAUGUUUGAUUUCAUGAAAGGACAAUCUUAAGAGAUUUACACGGUUGUACAAAGUUGUUUCAAACUCUCAUUCCAACGGCGAUUAUCAAAGUGAAAUGAAAAUUUAUAGAACUCUAAGAGCAAUGCUCAUUAAGCUUAGGGUUUGGUAAUGUAAAAAAGCAUAAAACCUUGGUAGUCGCUGUUAACGUGAAAUAAAAUUGCCACACACGCGAUUUUCCUGAUCAUGAGGGUUUGAAGAACUGCGUGUUAUUGUAGUAAAAUGUAUCAAAACAUAUACACUUACACAAUAGACUAUUCAUUUUAAUUGUAAGUAAGCUAUAAUAAGGAAAGAAUAUUUACCUUAUCAAUUUAUCGUUUAAGUAUUGAUUAUUGAUCUAAUUAUCCUGGCAACUUCACACACGUGGACAAAACCAAACAUACACAGACAUAAUUACACUUAAUUCAUAAGAAAAACAUGCUUUCAUAUUAUGCUUAGAUAAAAAUGUUACAGUAUCAAAAUAUAAAAGUGAAUGUAUUGUUUAAUUGCCCAUAAUGAAAUAAAAUUACGGCGAUUAAACGAAUUUAAGAAACAAAUUAAAAAUGUACGAGAGAAAAGAUUUAAAAGUAAUUGAAUAGAGCAGAACCGCAACUUUAUUGUACGUUUCGACAUGGUACUUUUCGUAAGAAAAAAAAACAUUAUUAUUACAUACUGCGAAUAUACAAUUCUGUAUUUGUAUCCUAGACUUUUAGACACGAUCGGCGAAUAAAAGAUAAAUGGUCGUAA